AGAGCAACGACCGACCAGCCUGUCAGAGACACAACACUAGACAAACUAUAACAUCAGAAUAUCCCACGAUAUCAACAUCUCCAGUCAUGCCGAGCGAGAUUUCAUAUGACGUGCAGCAAUUGUAUAAGGAGGCCUUGAGAAACUCUGUGCUGAACUCCACUCUGCCCAACUCUCUUUUGGGAGGUGAGCCUGUGGGAGAGGUGAUCCAGAGAGGCCACUACACUCCCCUCUCAGUGUGUUCGUACCACGAUGGUUAUGGCAGGGUGAACAGAGGCCAUUGGGAAGCUUUUGAGGAUGUCAUAUCUCAAGAGUUUCCUCCAGGAUCUGUAGGCCGCAGAGUGGCUUUUCAUGGUGGAGAUGGGAUGGGUAAGACUACAGUGGUGGAAAAGGUCAUUUGGGAUUGGACGACGGGCACGCGCCUGCAACAUUAUGCACUCCUUCUGCGAGUGCCUGUUUUGGAGCUGGCCGCUCUUGGAGGGAAACCUGAGAGUUUGCAGAGCAUGUUGUGCCGCAUGCACUCUCAGAUCUCCGCCGAGACGCUUUCCGUCGCUCUACAGAGUCCUCAAUCUUUACUUCUGGUGCUCGACGGGCUGGAGCAAUCGCAGAACCUUCUAUACACUCCAUCGUCCUCCUCUAGUCUCGUCUGUGACGUACAACAAGAAGCGACCGGCUCUGUGUUGCUGUGCAGUCUUCUUCACAGUUCUCUGCUUCCUGGAGCUUCAAUGCUGAUCACGUCAAGAGAGCCAGUCAAGCUCGAGUCUUUGAGAUCUUUCGAGGUGGUCGGGUUCUCCCAGACCCAAAGGAGAAUGUUCUUCCAGGAGUUCUUUGAUGACCCAGACCUAUCAGAGAGACUUUUUCAGCAAAGUGAGCAGGCGUUGGGAGUGUAUGAGCAGUGUUUUCGUCCGGCCUUCUGCUGGACACUUUGCAGUGUGUUUAAAACUCAGUUUGAGAGUAAAAACACCCCACCUGAGACUCUUACUCACCUCUUCAGCAUCAUAACACACACGCUCCUGCAGAAACAGAAGACGCAUGCAGAAGAAACCAGAGAGCUUGUGUUAGGUUUGGGCAAACUAACCAAUCCGGUUUGCUCCUACAACGACGUCACUUCCUGUGGCCUGCGUUCUUUUCUGCAGCAGCCUGUGCUUUCUACUUUCUUGUGCUUAAAUGGUGAUGUCACUUCCCCUGAUACCACAUUCUCCUUCCUGUCUCCAAUGAUGCAAGAGUUCUUAUUGGCCGCAUCCUUUUAUCUCGACCAAUCCGUGCAGAUCUCGGACGAGCGCUCGGAUUUCUACUACACAUUUCUAGCAGGGCUGUCGGACUCAGUCCAGCGUAAACCAAUAGAAGACUCCGUGGGCAGGUUCGAUGAAAGCCGGAUUUCUGAGUUCUCUCAGUGGUUGAUGGGAUAUGUUUCUAAGGUGUUGCCAGGUUGGCUUUGUGGUGCAACAAAGCACUUUCUUGUUUUUCGGCUUCUGCACCAUGCACGUAACUCAUCUCUGGUCAAAGAAAGCAUCAGUAAGAGCCAAUGGAGGCAUAUUGGCUACAGUGACAUGCAGGAGCCCGACUGCGCAGCGCUGUCAUAUGUAGUGAGUUGCAUGGGAGAGAUGGAGUACAUGAACCUAUAUAGAGCCAAACUAACAGAGAAGCAGGUCGAGAAACUUUUACCAGCGCUAAGGCUGUCGAAAAGCAUUGGUCUGAUGCAGAGUGAUCUCAAAUUCGCCACCAUCACACACCUGGCAACCGCGCUGGCCGAGGGCCGGGUGACCACGCUGAAUUUUUCCUGCUCCACAUUGGAAAAAGAAUCAUUCAAAACCAUCUGCCAUGCACUUACACGCACUGGGCUGCAGUCUCUCACGUUAAAUGGAUGCUCAUUGGCCGCAGCUGAUUGUGAAGAACUGGCGAAGAUGCUCUCCGGAGGCUCCCGACUGCGUGUGCUGAUUCUCUAUGGGAAUAAACUAGAGGAUCAAGGUCUUAUUCAUCUCAGCAGUGCACUGGAGAACUGCAGACUUCAGGAAAUCAAUCUGCUUGGUUGCUCACUGACAGCGGCGUCCAUGUCUGCACUGUCUUCUGCUCUGAACAAUGGUUUUUCAGAGCUGAGGAUGCUAGACCUGAGCUGUAACUCACUGAAGGAUGAUGGGAUUGAGCUGAUCUUACAAGCGUUACAGAAACGCCGUCUAAACACAUUGAAAGUGUCUGACUGCGAGUUGACUGGCUCCUGCUGCCCCUCUCUGGCAGCUGCCCUCCAAUCAGAAAACUGCUGUCUGACUGAGCUGGACGUGUCCGUAAAUGAUCUCGGCCAAUCAGGAGGGAUGCAGAUAUGUGAAGCCCUGAUGGCUCCUAAGUGCACACUGGAAAUACUGGGAUUGAGUGGAUGUGAGUUGACUGAGGAGGUGUUUCGAGCGCUGGGGAGUAUUUUGACGUCUGGCGGGUCAAGGCUCACCAGUCUCUCUGUAGGAGCGAAUAAUGUGGGCGAUACUGCGGCCAAACACAUGUGGGAGGCGCUGAGGCACAAAAACUGCAAACUACAGCACCUGGAUCUGGAGAAUUUUACUCUGACUGACGCUUGCGUAGAGGAGUUAUGUGAAUCUGUUGCUGCCAGCAGCACUUUAUCAACUCUCAUCCUAAAAGUCAACAAAAUGACGGACUCCGCUGUGCCACAAUUGGUCAAAUUAAUGCUGGCCCGUCCUCAAAUGACCAAGCUAAAUCUGCAGUAUAAUGACUUCAGUGAGGAUGUUUUUGACUUGAUGGAGACGUGCCCAAAUAUCGUUUACUAGAAGGAUCUCAGUAUGGUGUGGACUUCAGCGGCUGUGGCUGGACCCUGCAGCUUCUGACCAUUCAACAUUUCCUUCUCAAGCUCUUCGAGAGACUGAAACAGAGAAUCUAAUGACUACAAAUGCUGCCAAAGAUUUGUUUACUCUAUUUGUAUUUCCACUAAUAUUACUGCUACUUUAAAUCACCUGUUUUGCACUAUUCUCAUUGUACGCAAAACUACAAAUAUUUCGUUUUUUGUUAUGCUAAAUUGAAAAUGGAAUUUAAAU